AUGGAGGAUUAGUGGUUUCUGAAUGGAAAAAAAGUGAUAAAGCAAUAAAUGUUAUCUAAAUCAUCACAUUAAAUAAUAAAUGGUGUAUCAAUAACAUUAGAAGCAUCAUUUGGAUGUUUGUAGAACCCAAUAAGAAAGAAUUGUAUGUUUGUGAAUGAUGACACUCUUAUGUUUAUAAGUGGUAAACAUAUAGUGCUUUAUGAUAUUAUACGAAAGCGAUAAACAUAUAUAAUGAAGAGUGCAGAAGACGAAGUUGUGUAGGCAUUGAAUUUUCAUGUUUCACAUGGAUAGAAAUUGUUUAUUUCAAUAGCAUUCAAAUCUACAAGCAAGAUUCUUCCAACUGUAAAGGUUUACAAUCGAAAAAAGAAACGAUUCUAUUAAUGUGUGCAUUCUCAUUUAUUGCCAAAUAGUAACAUUCAUGAGAUUCUCUUCAUUAAUGAUGGAAAGGUACCAUUAUAUUUAAUAAAUAGCAUCUAAUAUCUUUAUCAACCUAAGAAGAUGGUUAUGGAAUGAGUUUGUUUGCAGUUAGUAAAGAAGUUUCACUUUCUUAUACACUCAUCAAAUAAAAAAUAAAUAUGUUAGAAUAGAUAAAUGAUUUAGAGUUUUUUCUUAUUGGACCAUAAUUUCUAACAUCCUACAAAUAUUAAGCUGACAUAAGUGGAUUAGAAAUAUAGAAUAAUUUCAUAAACAUCUUAGAAUUAUAAUAAGAUGAAAAUAUAGUUGGGGUUUGCUUUAAUUCUGAAAAAAAGUAUGCAAUCGUUGCAACUAGUAAAAACAAUCUUAUUAUGAUUAAAGGAGAUAAGAGAGUAGGCAAAUUUGAACUAUAAACUUAACAAAAAGAAUCAAAUCAUUUAUUAUGUAUUCAAUAAAUUAUUAAGCUAGAAUAAAUUAAUAAGGAUAAAAAUAAGCCAACUGAAUAAGAAAAAUUAGUAAAUGUUAGAAUAUCAACAAUUGCGAAAACUAAUAAAGGAUUUAUAAUUGGAUUAAUAGGUAAACCUGCUUUGUAGGUGUAUGAGAUAGAAUAAGAUGAGACAGAAUAAGAAAAUUAUAUUUUAAAUUUGGUGGGUACAUAUUUUAUAAAAGAUGAACAUAUAUAUGGUAUUCAUUAAAUUCAUUUGGCUACUGAUGAGAUGUAUGCAGCAUUAACAGUAAUUUAUUUUAAUCGUUCUGCAUAUUAAGUUGCUUUAGGUUAAUAAUAAGUAUUAAAUAAUAUUGUUUCAUGUGAAUAAAUAUUGGAGAAUUAUUAAGGAAAGUUAGAAUUAUUUACAUUUAAUUUGGCAAUUGUAGAAGCUUUGAAAUCAGUUUAAAAGGAUCCAUUUGAACCAUUAUUUGAGAAGGGUGUUCAUAAAGGUACAAUAUUUAAUAUUGCUACUACUCCUAUGAGAUCAAUAAUAGCAUCAGUAUGUGAUGAUAAAAAUAUUAAAUUUUGGGAUUAUUCAAAUGAUUUUAAAGAGAUGUUCUCACAUUAAUUUCAUGAAACUCCAUUAUCAGUAGCUAUUCAUCCAUUAAGUUAUUAAUGUGCAAUUGGAUUUAAGGAUGGGUAAUUAAAUUAAUAUAAUAAUUUUGUAGUCUUCGAUUCUAUUUUAUAUUGGAUGAUGAUCUUAAAUUAGUUCAUAAUGAGACUACUAAAGUUUGUAAUGCUCUUACUUAUAGUGAAGGAGGACACAUCUUGGCUGCAGCAAAUGGAAAUCAAAUUUAAUUAUAUAAUCCAUUAACUUAUAAAAUGAUAAGUGUAUUACCUAAUCAUUAAACAAAUCUUAAGGAUCUAUUAUUUAUAGAUAGAGUAAUCAAAUUGUUUAAUAUUAUAGGAUAAUCUAUUGAUUUCUUAAUGUCAAUUUGGUAUUUUAUAUGUUUGGAAUCUACUCUCUGGAGAAAGAAUCUUGGAACAUGCUUAAAAAUAGAAUAAAUAUCAAAGUUUGUGUUAUGAUUUUGAAUAUGAUCUUGUUAUUGGAGUUUCUGAUUAAAAAUUAAAGGUUUAUCAUGAAAAAGGAUAGAAUUUGGUUUUAGAAGUGGAUACUUCUCCUACAUAAUUUAGUGCCAUAUGUAUUAGUCAUAGAUACAAUGCUAUAUUCUUUGGGACCACCUAAGGAUCAAUUAGAGUAUAUUCAUAUCCUUUUUAUCAUUUCAAUCCUAAAAUGAUGGAAUCCAUAGAAAUUCCUGUACAUUAAUUAGCUGUUACUGCUAUUAAAGUAUCUCCCGAUAAUAGCUAUUUAAUAAGUUCAUCAAUUGAUGGAAGUAUUUUCUUUAGUAAAAUCAAACAAUUCAUUAAUGGUGAAGAAGUAAUCAUAUAUAUAUUUAUUUACCUUAGAUUACAUAAUUAGAUCUUAUUACCAGAGGUGAUAUUGAAAAUAAGAUUACUAAUACAUUUGCACUUAAUAGUUUAUGUUUAUGUUCUACUACUGCUUAAGAAAUAAGAUAAGAGUAGUUAAAAGAAUUAGAAUAUAGAUUGUAGAAUUUCAAGAGUGAUAUUGAUGAUGCCAAAGAAGUUUAAUUAAAUAAUAAUGAUUAUAAACUUAAGAAAAUACGUGAAGAACAUUCUAAAGAUAUUCAAAAAGUUUAAGAUUCAUUAUCACAAACAAUUUAAUAAUCAGAUGCUAAAAAUAAUAAGAUUAAAGAAGAUAAAAAGAAUUUGAUUGCCACUUCCAAAAAAAUGAUUGAAGAAAUGAAUGAAUAAAAUUCUAAGAAAUUAUUAUCAAUUUAUGAUAUAAGGGAUAAAUUAAAUGAAAAAUUAUAAAACAUAAUUAAAUAAUAGGAUGAUGAAAGAAGAUUAGUUAAUUCUGAAUACUAAUAAUCAAUUUCUUAAGUAGAUGAUGAAUAUUGUUAGAAAUAUUAAGACUUAUUCACUAGAUUUAGUUAAGCUAUGUCUAAUAUGAAAUUGGAUCAGAGAAAAUUCAAAGAAGUUUUGCAAUAAAGUGAGAAGGAUUAUGAAACAUUUUAUAAAGAAUCACAAUAAUCUUUAAAGGCAAAAUUAGAAGAAUAUAAUACUCAAACAGAAAUCUUAAGAUCUAGUAUAUCUCGGUUUAAAAAAGAAAUUGUUAGAUAUCAAAAUAGAAAAGAAAUUCUAUAUAAUUUAAAAAAAGGUAGAAUAUUCAUUUAAAUUAAAUAGAGACUGAUGAAUCUUUGUAAAGUUUACGAUAAGAAUUGAAAGGAUAUGAAGAAAAGCAUAAGAUGAUGUUGGCAGAUUUAAGAGAGAAGGAAAAGCUUAUAAAUUAAAGAGAAUAACAAAUCAAAGAUUUUAGAAUGAAGAAUGUUCAUUUACAAAAUUUUUAAAAGGUUUAUGAUUACAGAGUUAAUACAUUAAAAGAUGAAAGAGAGCCUUUAAUGGAUCAUCUAAAAAAUAUGGAAGUAAAAAGAAAUUAAAUUAAUUAUUUUAGAAACAUGUAAAAAACCUCUAUAAUGAAUUGAUAGAAGAAUCAGGAUUAAAGUAAUCUCGAAUUGAAGAAGAAAGAAAAUUAAUAACAGAUUUAAACAUUUUUAAAAAUUAACUCAAAUCUGCCUUAACUGUUUUAUCUUUAUCAAAAAGAAAUAUGGAGAAUUUUAAAUCUUCUAUAUAAACAUUAAUCAAUAGUGAUACAGAGGAUUGGCCAGAAAAGUUGGAAGAAUUAUAUCACAUGGUCUAAAAAGAGAAUACUAAGGCAAUAACGAUAAAAAAUCCUGUCUUUUAAGAAACUUUAAAGGAUAUGUAAAAGGAUCCUCUAUAAUAAUAAAUUGAUCAAAGCUAAUAAAAUGCUAUUUAUAAAGCACUGUCAAGUCAAAAAUAAUAUUUGUAAUAGAGUCUCUCUGAAGUUGAAGCUUCUGUAAAAUAUCAGCUUGGUUAAAGAGAAGUUGCUUAUGACACUAUUUAAGACUAAAAUAAACACUUAAUAAAAUAAUGUAAAGAAUUAAGAGAGAAGAAAUAAGAAUUAAAAACAUAAUUAGAUAGUAUGAAUAAGGAAUAUAGAGAAAAAAAAAGGGAAUUAAAUAGUUAGGGUAUUGAAAUUCCAGAAGAAAAUGAAGAUGAUAAUUAAUUUGCAAGAACAUAUGCUACAACUUUUACUUCCCUCACAAGAACUCCAGGAACUAAGUCGUAGUAAAAUUUUAGAACUAAAGUUAUAAGAAAUUUAGGAUGA